AUGACUGCCAACCGGAUAUCAUACUGGUUGAACCUGAAAGGACCGUCGAUCUUCAUGGAAGCUUCAUCCUGCGGCACUCUCCUGGCUCUCGAGAAAGCUAGAGAAGCUAUCAAGGAAGGUUACUGCGAAGCGGCCAUUGUCGGUGUUGGAAAAACUCUUCUGCAUCCUCAAACACCCAUCAGCCAUAGGUCGGUGCCCCUAAAUUCAGACGGCAAAACGAAAUGCUAUGACGAUGCAGCUGAUGGCCCUUCAAUGUCAGAAGCCAUUAGCGUAUUUUUCCUGCAAAAACACAAGGAUGCAAGAAGAGCUUACGUCGAGCUUUGUCACGUUAAGGCUCGCUUCGGAACAACAAACGAUAAUACUCUGAUAGAGAAGUGUGAAAUUCCGCAAGACAAAGAAAAGCUCGUAAAUUUUUUUCAACAAUUCUAUGAUGAAGCAGGAGUAUCGCCAGUAGACGUUGGGUACAUUGAAGGAUAUGGAUUAGCUUGCCCAAACAUGGAUAAGAUUGAACUCCAGGCGAUUGAAAACGUUUUCUGCAAAGACCGCGUCGAUCCUUUGCUCGUUGGAAGCGUGAGUUCAAACGUGGGCUAUACAGAGAGCGCUGCUAGUGCCUGCGCAAUAUUUAAAGACCUCUCCAAAUAUCGUUCAGAUAUCCCAUACUUAAUAGCUGUGUCAGGUCGGCAUGAAGCAGCUGUGCAGAAGAUAUUAGAUGACAUUAAAUCACGUCCAUUAGACCCCGAGGAGAUAGCUUUACUUCACAAUAUACAUAGGAACCGUAUUUCGAAACAUUUGGCUCGAGCCACUCAAAACGACGACACCGAGAUCCAUAACCUUAGGGUGGACUACCACGAUAAUAUUUCAAGACCCCUGUGGUUUGUGUACAGUGGCAUGGGAUCGCAGUGGAUCGGGAUGGGUCGUGAUCUCAUGCGAAUCCCAUUAUUUAACCAAACUAUCCAAAGAUGCCACGAAAUUCUCAAACCUAAGGGGAUCGAUCUGAAACAUAUUAUAACAACUGAAGACAAGUGCAUAUUCGAUAACAUUCUGAAUUGUUUUGUUGGCAUUGCCGCUAUACAAAUAGGGCUAACUAAUAUACUAGCUGCGGUCGGAUUGGUACCAGAUAAUAUAAUUGGUCAUAGCGUCGGCGAGUUAGGUUGUGCGUAUGCCGAUGGCUGCUUCACAGAUGAGCAGAUGCUGUUGUUGGCUUACAAUCGUGGUCUCGUUUCUAUACAAACACCCUUCAUCCGUGGCUCCAUGGCGGCCAUAGGCAUGGGAUAUAAAGCCCUAUCUAAGUUAUGUCCCCAGGAAAUUGAAGUGGUUUGCCACAACAGUGCAAACUCGAGUACCAUUUCAGGACCUGAAGAAUCAGUAAAAGCAUUCGUGGAAGUGCUUGAAAAGAAAGGUGUAUUUGCUAAGGAAGUACAAUGCUCCAAUAUCGCUUAUCAUUCGCGGUAUAUUGCCGAAGCAGGUCCCGAUUUCCUUAAGAUGUCACAGGAAGUGAUUAAGGAGCCAAGGCUAAGAAGCUCGAAAUGGUUGACCACUUCUGUGCCACAGGAGCAGUACAAUGAACCACAUGCUAAAUAUUCUUCAGCCGAAUACCACACCAACAAUUUGCUAAAAAAGGUACUAUUUGAAGAAGUUCUGCAUCAUGUACCAAGUAAUGCUGUGCUGGUGGAAAUAGCUCCGCAUGGACUUUUGCAAGCAAUAUUGAAGAGAGCUCUGUCUCAAAAUUCCCUAAUACUCGUAACAUUCUGUGAUUUCAGCUUAUAUAUGGAAGGUUAUGAUAUAAAGAUCAGCGCUCUAUAUCCGAAAAUUGAAUUUCCAGUGUCAACAGAGACUCGGCCGCUAUCACAUUUGGUGGAAUGGGCUUAUGAAGAGAAAUGGAAAAUAUGUGAAUACCUUAACUGGGGUCGAUCCUAUUGUUCCGUAUUAAAACUACUGGUGACCGUGGAAGAUGAUGAGAACAAAUAUCUUAAUGGACAUUAUUUUGAUGGCGUUAGAGUAUUUCCAUACGCUGCGGCAUUAGUAGCAGUAUGGGAUACGAUUGCUAUGACAGCUGGUCAUAAGAAACGCGAAGUUUCCGUUCAGUUUUCUGAUGUGAACUUCCAUUCGCAACCUCAAGUGCAUGAUGAUCAAGUGUUGUAUCUGACAGUCGCAGUCCAGAGAGGCAGUGGACGGUUUGAGGUCAGUAUAACACACAAAACAUAUUUUAUUUUGCUGACUAAUGUGACGAUCCAUCGUUCAUUGUGGAGAACUAAUGUCAUCUCUGUUCCUACAUUCCAACACUGCCAAGGAGCACUGGUAGUGUCGUAA